GCAAAAAUGAGCUUCUCAUGGGUCAACUUUACAUUAGUUCAACCAUGUCAGAAAUUACUCAUUGGAAGACGACACUUUUCCGUGAGGUCUGCCCCAAGACUGCAGUGUUCCUCCCACUGAACAGAACGUUUGUUCCAAUGUCAUAUGCUAAGCUCUUGUAAUUAAACGAGAAGUUGGGAAGUUUAGCGGUGUGUGUGAUUCAGAGAAAGUGUGAAUGGAUGUUAAUGUGUGAACGAUUUUUUUCAGUUCUUUUUUAUUUCAUUCUGUCUUCUUAUUUCUUAAUCAUUCACGUAAUCACAGGCCUACAAAGAUGGACGUCAGCUGCAUCGGUUCUUCUACGGCCAUGAAUAUCGUACAUUAUUUGUCCAUUAUUUCAUUAAGUCCUUAUGGGUAAUAAUAAUUCAAUGACGUGGAUAUACUGAUGAUGUUGUUCUGUUACCAGCUGCCACAACGGUGAGCCCGACUACUGGUGUUACCGUCCUCACAACACCGUCCCCUCCUUACGAUGAAACGGCGGAUACGCACAUCGGCGUCUUGCAGAACAACAUGACGGACACGGACGGCAUCAACACCACGUACGUCGCAACGGACGCUCCCUUCGGCUUCGGAUACGCCGUGCUCAUCGAGAGCGUGAAAAAGCAGUGCUUGAAGCAAAAUAACUUCACGAGCCAGUCCGGCACGGCCUGCAUGGCCGACCCCAAUUUGUGCCCCAACGGUCUCUCCUUCAGCAUCUGGGAGAAACACACGUUCUCUGAGGACGAGUUCUUGCGAUACGAUCGACUCAAAGACAGUGACAUCAAAUACGUCCUCUCAACUGGCGGUGACAGAGAAGGUCACCCGGGUAUCGCAUUCUUCCACCACGGCAUCUUCCAGCACGCGAUCGUGUCCACCGGAGACAAGUACUGGGAAGUGAAGGUGCCUGGCUUGAUGUACAACGCCACCUGGGCAAACAUUGGCAUACGCUGGAGUCCGAACGUCACCAUGAACCCUAAUGACGUCCCAAUCAAGGGAGGACUCGAGUUGUUCAUCACGACGAAGCGUGAAAACCCGCUGGAGACGCCCCAGAAGCGAGUGGGGCAGAGCUUCUUCCCUCUGCCGAGCACUAAGUCAAAGCAAGCAGGGCUGAACCCGCCUGAGCUCAUGCUCGGCUGUCACAAGACGAGCGACAACGCAACCUACCGCUACUUCGGCGACGGCGAAUACGAUGAGCUCGCUUCGUGGAGGAAACCUCUGCCUGAAAAUGAGACCUCUUACUUCUUGGGAGGCUACAUGGACGACUUCGCGAACGCCGACAUAAAAGAUACGUUGAGGAUUCUGAACGGAGCGGAUAUGAGUAACCCGGACCAGCUCGCGAUCGCAAUGAAGGCAGCUGACCAAAUGUCGCAGGUCCACGCGAAGCCAACGUCCGCUCCUGAGACCACCGCGGCGCAGUCCACCAAUCUUGCUUCCUCCAGCCCUACACCUGCUGGACCGAACAGAGUGGACGCCUUGACGGAAGAGGAGAGUAUGGACAGACGAGAGCAGCUGCUGGAUCUCGCCAACAAAGUGUAUAACGUCUCGAAUUUGCCUGCGUCUCUUACCUUUGAAACUGCUAACUCACUACUGAACCUUAAAUUGGCCAGCAACUUGAUGAGUAGAGAGUCGGCUGGAGACUGGGAGAAGAUUCAAAUGAAUGGAAGUGGCGGUGCUGCCAUCCUCAUGUGGAACGUCAUUUCGUUUAGUAAAGAAGUCUUCUGCCGAAUCCGCUACGACAACAACACAAAGCCUUUCACUAAAGCCCAGGCUACGGAAAACAUCAUUUUCUACGGUCAGAAAAUGCUCUACGCAGACCUCAAGAGCAAAGGAAGAUACGUGCAGCUACCAGACUACGGCGACCCACAGCUGAGGGAUGCCAAAACGAACUGGAACAUCGUCUACGACGCGGCUCGAUUCUCAACAAAAGUUCUCAAUGACAACAACUGCAACAAGCGCCCCGUCUGCCUGGUCACCAUGGUCUUCAAUACCUACGACGACAUCGGCCCCACACCCAUCAACUUCGCGAACAUCCCGCGGUCCAGCACCCAUGAGAUGGGGUCUCGCCUGGUCUACGGCUCGAUGUCUGCAGACAUAGCGCGAGACGCCAGGUGGAAUGUGAACACAAGUGCGCCCCUCUGCUACGUCGACCCCUUCUCAAUGAGCGACGAUCCCUUCUACGUCAAGCUCGAGAACAACGAUGACGUGCCUUCUUUGCGACAACUCAACUUCCACUCCGAGGAGGUCGUCACGCAGAUCGAGACUCGGCGCUGCGCUUUCUGGAACGCCAACCUGAGCGACUUCGGUGCCUGGGACACUGACGGCUGCAACGUGGUCGAGGACACGGCCUUCUACACCAGGUGUUCCUGCGACAAGUUCGGGCCCAUGAUCGUGCUCGCUGAGCAAGUCGACCCUGCGGUGGUUCCACCGCAGCAAGACUGGCUGAAGAUAGUCAAGCUGAUUUUCUACGCCAUUUCAGCGGUACUCCUGAUCUUAUACAGCGUCGUGGUGGUAUAUUCACCCGACCUAAAAGAGCAGUUCCACCUGAUGGGCGUGAAUCUCUCGAUCUCUGUGCUCCUGGGCUCCAUUGCGAUGAUAGUGAGCGACUUUGAUGGCAUCCGUAACGACAGACACUUGUGCACCACCAUCAGCACACUGACGCACUUCUUCUACGUCGCUGCCGGAGCCUGGGUCGCCUGUCUGGGAUAUGCUUCCUUCAAAGCCAUCACUUCAGGCGAGGUGGGGGGAAAACUGAACUCAUACUCGUGCAUCUCAUGGGGCCUGUCGCUGGUGUCGGUGGGUGUACCGUACGCCUUCUUCGUGCGCGACCUGGGCACAGACCCGCGCUGCUUCGUCACCUGGGAGAACUACGGCAAAGCAGCCUUCUUCAUCCCACAGAUGGCCUACGUCGUCAUCGCCUUCUUCUGUGGCUUCGUCGUCCUCUGCAAUCUUUCAACUCCUGCUCUCAGGAAAGAGAAUCUAAUUGACGAUUACGGCUCGUUCUGCCGAGGCGCCGCCUUCAUCAUGCUUUACUUCGCCAUCACGUGGACAUUCGGGCUGCUCGCUUACAUGCGCUUCGACCUCACUAUUGACUUCUUCCCCGUGUUCCAAAUACUCAACUCCUUGACAGGCAUCAUAAUCUUCAUUUGCAUCGGGGUGGGCUCGUAUCGCUACCGAACUGUGCUCGUGGGUCAGGCCAAGACCAGGCGCGAGAAGAUCAAGAAUUUGGCCGGCAUCAAGAAGACGAAGCUUGAGGAUGACAUGCCAGCUAAACCUCAGCCCAGGACGCAGUUUAAGCCCGCAACAACUUUGCCUGAUCGGCCUUUGACUACGUCCUCGCUACGACCGCCUGCACCGCGCGGAAACGUGGCAGGACGACCGGGAUCUCGCCCAGUGACUCCCAGCUAAUAACUUCGUAAAUUUAUUCUUCAUUGGCGAUAUAAUCCACAUAAACUCGCUCUAAAAUCAACUUUUGACCAACUGGACAGCGUCCUCAGAAGCAAUGUUUUGAAGUGUUUAAGUCAACUGUUUUAAUGCAUUUACAUAUAUUCCAGUACUGGAGAAUUAGUUAAUAAAUAAAACACGUCAGUUUUUAUUUCUUGGCAUUGUAUGGAUGGAAAAAAUACGGCACCUACGAUAAAGCUUCAACAUGAAUACAUAAUAUGGAGCUGCACAUUUGAAACAGAUAUAACUAUAUUAUCAUUCUUUACUGUGACGCACGUUAUGUAAGGAUCUAGUUUUGUAAGGAGAAUAUCAUGCUAUGAAUACAUUAACUGUUGACGAGAAUAUCACUUUAUAUCAUGAUAAUUAUCGUAAAUGAGCUCUAUGUUGAGCCCGCGAUGCGACACGGCUCGUGCGUGUCGUUCGGUGCACCAAUUUAAUAACAUAUAAUAUUGUGCAACUCAAAAUUCGACGAAAAUUUGUUGGGAAUGACGGGGCUUGAGGUCAUCGUUAAUUUAGUCCUCGAUUAUUGUUUGUGUGUUGAUAUUAUUCGUCUAUUAAUUUAAAAAACGUCAUAAAAUGAAAUUUACAAAAAACACUAGAGGUCCCAAGAAUUAGACCUUUCUGUAGCACGAACGGACUUGAAAGUCACAAUACACUAAUAUACUAUCUAUACGAUAUAAUAAAUAUAUCUAUCAUGAACA